AUGCCAACCCACGAAUCAAACUCUCGCUACGACAUAGUAGGCUCGCGAAUUGUCAUGAGCAGCGAUAUCAUCGUCACAUCCGACCGCAGACUCCACAUUGACACCGGUAAAAGUCUAUCGAUCUCCGGACUGCAAAAUGGUGCCUUGGGCGUGGGGACUAAGGAAAGCCCACAUUUUCGUCGCCAUACUUUCGAUGAAGACGAGGCCGUAUCGAUCGCAGCGUCGUUUAGAGAUUCUCCAAAGAGCUCCCCACCAGAUGACUACCGCGACAGAUCCUCAACUCCUUCAACUGCAGCCAGCGACAUCUUCCGCGGCAAGAGGGACGUCACACCGGACACGUCAGUCGGCCCGCCUUCGAGUACAAUAGCCACUGCCAUCCGAUCAACCCAAUUUGUAUCCGCCGAGUAUCCAGCCCAACCAUCCACCAGUAGGUGUGCCGCAUCGCGCCAGGACACGUCUCUGUAUCGUUCAACUCCGGCUAGGGCAUAUUACUCCGAGAUAGACGAAUCCUUUUUACCAUGUCCCGAACCUACCCCCUCCGAGCACUCCAAGCGACUGUCCAUCGACGGUUAUGCUGCAUCACUGCGUGAAAGGGAUUCACGCCCCUUGGCGUCUCACCUCGCCGCAACCGGGUCCGCUGUGCACUCGGAUACCCAUUCUAUCGCAGAUAUCCGUAACGAUAUCGGCUCACGUGCAAGUGGAUCUUCGCUUCCUCAAUCCCUGAGUAGCGGCAUUCCGGAAGUCCUAGCACCAUUAAAUGAGCCGCCCGCCGAUCCAAGGGGGACAUAUCUGAGUCCUGGUGAGAUCUAUUGGUCUCUAGAUUCGAGCGACUUUCAACACGGGGGCAAUGUGUUUAUUGUGCCGGAUGGAGAUGGAGUUUCGCUGAAGGUACAAGCGCAUGAUAACGAGAGACAAUACAGCGAAACACCCUCUGUUUUAACAAACUCGGUUAUGAUUCCAGCUUAUGCAUUCAUGCCCGGCAGAGGCGAGGAAAAUCCGGAAUACAGUAUACAAAUCCCCAUGAUUUCUCUUCGCCUUCCAACUAGAGACGAUGCACACGAGCUCCAGCAGUUCUUGACAGAACAAAAAAUACACCUCAGCUUGCGAGCCGAAGUUGCGCUCGAAAAGAAGCGAAGCUUGGGACGAAAAGUGACGGGCAAAGAACCCAAGCUUGUGUGGAAGCAAUAUCUGGUCCAGCUAUGGACUGAACUUGGCACACCAAUUCCCAGUCGCGAAAAGUGGCAGGGCCAGGGCAAUGCUCCGCCCAAGUUCGUUAGCUGGCUGGUCCUGUUCGAUGCCAAAGGCGACCAUUCAUCGUUUAUUUCUAUUCCUUUGGUACACUGGGACAACCAACUCCUGACGAAAGAGGACGUGCCCACCCGCUGCAUCACGAUUACCCGCACGGGAAACGCCAACAUCAACUGCUACACGUUCACGAGCACCGCGGAAAAGAGGUUUCCUGGUAUUCCGUUGAAGAAGGAAACGUUCCUGGAGUGCGAAUCGCAAGAUAAACUGCAGAAGUACGUGGCUAUCCAUUUGAGGUUCGGCAGGAAAUCGGCGAGAGACGAUUUUAGGAGGUUUAAAGAAUGCUACAAGGUUAGGAAGAAAGCGAGGGGGGUGGAAAGUAUAUAG